GGAAAAUGUUGGAUAUAGAGGAUUCAAUAGAAAGAGUUCCUCUUGCUCAAAACAAUCAAAAUGGCUUGGUUAAAAAUAAAUUUGAAACAUUCUUCAAUAUUAAAACUAGAAGAAAACGAAAAGAGGAGGUUGAGGAUGAAAAACAAAUGGCGAAAAAAGAAGUUAAUGAAUUGGAAAGUGUUCUUCCUUGGAAUAGAGUAGUCUAUUUACGAACUUGGGGAUGCUCUCAUAACAACUCUGAUUCUGAAUAUAUGGCUGGACUUUUAUUAAAAGCUGGAUUUAAAGUAACUUCAGAAAAAGAAAUGGCUGAUAUUUGGCUUUUAAAUAGCUGCACAGUAAAAACCCCAUCAGAAACAAUGUUAGAAAAUCAAGUAAAAGAAGGCAAAUCAAAAAUGAAAAGAAUUGUUGUUGCUGGAUGUGUUCCUCAGGCAGGGCCACAAAUUUCUUGGUUAAAAGAUGUUAGCGUUAUUGGAGUUCAACAAAUUGAUAAAAUUGUUAAUGUUGUCGAGGAAACUUUAAAUGGAAAUAGUGUUAGGUUUCUUUCUAGACAAAAUAAAUCUGCAAAAGCGAUGGAUCUUACACUGCCAAAAAUGAGAAGAAACGAAUUUAUAGAAAUUCUAGCAAUUAAUAGUGGAUGUUUAAAUCAUUUUGACCAAGCAAAAAGAGCCUUAACGGAACAAGGUUGUCGGGAAUUGUGGUUAACUUCUGAGGAUUUGGGUGCGUGGGGAAGAGAUUUUGGUAUGGUUAUUCCGGAUUUACUUCAAGCUUUGGUCGAAAUAAUUCCUGAUGGAUGCAUGAUGAGAAUGGGAAUGACAAAUCCUCCAUAUAUUCUUGAUCAUUUGGAAGAAAUUGCACAAAUUUUAAAUCAUCCAAAAGUUUAUUCAUUUUUACAUAUUCCUGUCCAGUCUGGAAGUAAUGCUGUUUUGAGUGAUAUGAAAAGGGAAUAUACAAAAGAACAUUUUUGUCAAAUUGUUGAUUAUAUGAUUAAAAAUGUGCCAAAUAUUUAUAUAGCGACAGACUUUAUUUGUGCUUUUCCAACAGAAACUGAAGAAGAUUUUGAAGAAAGUAUGGAAUUGGUCAAAUUAUACAAAUUCCCAAGUCUUUUUAUCAAUCAAUUUUAUCCCAGGCCGGGAACACCAGCUGCUCGUUUAAAGAAAAUAAAUACUGUUGAGGCCCGUAGACGAACAUCCGAAAUGACUCGUCUAUUUCAUUCCUACCAUCGUUAUGAUGAAUCUAGAAUAGGAAAAGAAUAUUGGGUUUUAAUUUGUGAACGUGCUUCUGAUGGGAAAAGUUAUGUUGGGCAUAAUAAAUGUUAUGAACAUAUUUUGGUACCAGAUCCAUAUGAGGAUGAAAUUUUAAAGAAUGAGAAUUCUUCUAAAAAUGGUUUUUUACUAGGCAAAUGGGCUUAUGUUCGAAUUAUUGGUGUUUCUAAAUUUUAUAUGCGCUCAGAAAUUUUAAAUUGGGAAGGCCCUAAAGAUGAAAAUAUUUUAAAGAAAAAUUCUCUAAAAUUGGCAAAGGAUUUAUUAGGUUCGUCUUCUUUAUUUUUUAUUUUUGGUUCUUUAAUUUUGGCUUUAUUGUUGAAAUUUUAUUUAAAUUUUGUUUAAAAAAAUUUUUCGGUGCCUUUUUUUAUUUUUUAGUUGG